GCGAGCUAGUCGCGGGGCUCGCACACGGACGGGACGGGAAGGCGAUGAUGAGGCGAGCAGUGCUGGGGAUCGAGGAGCGCAAUUUGAUGGCGAGGUAGAUCGAUCGGGAUCCAUUCUGUCGGUGUAGAGCAAGUGGUGGGGUGUCGAUCGAGCUCUGUUUCGACGGGGUUUCUUUGGGGCUAGUGCGGGCGACGCCCCCGGGGAGUCGAUCGAACGGAGAGUGGCGGUGGUGGUGAGGACCAUGAGCGAGGAUUGUCGCGGCGAAAACUACAACGGCGAGCAGAGAGUGCACUGUUGUGUUGGUGAUAUUCUGCCCGCUUGCUGCGCCUUUUCCUACAUUCUUGCGCCCGUUCCUCCUCCCCAUUGCGUGCCAGAGUGCAUUGAUACUCUGAUGAUACUUCGAUAGUUGAUGUUAUAUCGUCGGUGUGAGUGCACCGUCCGGUGGUCUGUGCUGUGCUGUGCUGUGAGGGUCGAGGCAAGGGCAGGGCAGGGCAGGGGAGGGGAGAGUUGCCCUGCAUUUGGCGGGCGAGGAGUCUUGGCUUCAUUGGGUUUGGCGAUUAAUUGAUUGAUCGAUCGAUCGGGAGGUCGGUCGGUCGGUCGGUCUGCAGUCCUUCGGGUACCCGCGCCUGUCGUAGCGUCCAGGAGCCUAGCACCGAUGGCUUCGGCAGCGGCGGGCGCAAGAUUGCGGGAGCUUCAAUCGAGACCCGACGCCAAAACGUGCGUAGAUUGCUCACAGAAGAAUCCGCAGUGGGCGUCUGUCUCGUAUGGAAUUUUCAUGUGCCUGGAGUGCUCGGGGAAGCAUCGUGGCCUGGGAGUUCACAUCAGCUUCGUGAGAUCCGUGACCAUGGAUUCUUGGUCCGACAUCCAGCUUAAGAAAAUGGAAGCUGGUGGCAACGCUGCCCUGAACUCCUUCCUGGCUCAGUACGGUAUUGCCAAGGAGACGGAUAUUGUUGCCAAGUACAACACGAAGGCUGCUGGAAUCUACAGGGAGAAGAUCCAGGCCACGGCUGAGGGCAGACCCUGGAGAGCUCCUCCGGUUGUUAAAGAGGACUUCAAUCGACCUCCCACAUCCGGGGGAGGCAGUGGGGGUAGAAGUUCGGGUCAAAGGAGGGAAGGAUUCGGAUCUGAAGGUUACGGCAAUCAGGGCAAGUCCACAGGGGGUUGGGAUGACUGGGGAGUAGACGCCGACUCUGAGAGCAGCGAUGCAGUCAGAAGAAAUCACUCGGCAGAUUCCUUAAUGAGUGGUGGCGGAAGACAACCCCCAAGAUCGCAUUCUUCUGGUGACAUUUACACAAGGUCGCAGUUGGAGAAUUCUGCCGCUAACAAGGAUGCAUUCUUCGCAAGGAAGCAAGCUGAGAAUUCCUCGCGACCGGAAGGUCUUCCUCCCUCCCAGGGUGGAAAAUACGUUGGAUUUGGUUCUGGCGGAAGUAUGCCUCCCCCGGCAAGCAGGCCGCCUGCCAUGGGUGGAGACGUUCUUAAAGACACCGUUUCUGUCGUCUCCCAGGGUUUGAGUCGUCUGUCAGUGGUUGCCGCAUCCGCAGCGCAAAAUGCAGCCUCUGUCAUGCAAGCAGGAACCAAGGACUUACAAGCCAAGGUCCGAGAAGGUGGAUACGAUCAAAAAGUGAACGAGACGGUAUCUGUUGUGGCUGCAAAGACUACGGAAGUUGGUCAAAAAGCGUGGGGUUUAAUGAGGGGUGUUAUGGCGAUGGCCUCUCAAACCGUUGAGCAAUAUACUAAGGAAGGAGGCCGAUCGGGAUCAUCGUUUUCACCCUAUGACCAGAAUGGCUUGCUCAGUGACAGCAAUGAUGGUCCUUAUCAGUCGAUAAAUUCCGGUAGUACAUGGCACGACAAUUGGGAAACAGAGAAGAAUGUGAGCAGCAAGGGUCGUGAAUCUUGGGAUGAUUGGGACGACAGUAAUGAAGGACAAGGGAAGAUUCAGAACGGUGGCAGAUCAGCUAACACGACUGGCAGUAGCGCCUUUGAAACAUCUCAGCCGACCAGAAAUAAUGUCAAUGCAACCACCAGCGCUACGCAGUCCAGCAAGGCUCAGUCAGGAGGGGACAAUUGGUCAGGUUGGGAUGAUCAUGAUCCGAAAGAUGAUGUGGAUGAGACUUUCUUUAGCGUGUCAAACAGCACUACUAAUAACAAAGCUCAAAAGAAAGCAGAUGGAUGGAACGACUGGAAUGAUGGCGAUGCACUAUGGACAGAGGGAGGCUUCAAGUAGUUGAAAGUCUGGAGUCAUUCUGGCCUUGUAGAUGAAGGAGAUGUGAAGAAGUUAAAUGAGGCAUUCGCCCGGCCCUUUUAGCUCAAGGUACAAAAUUAUUCAAAGUUUUUAUUAGAAAAAGCUUCCCAUAUCUAUGAUUAGCAACAGGGAAGGGAAGGGAUUUGAUUCUUAUUAUGGGCGCAAUUUCUUCUAUCGAUGUGCGGGCAUGGGAAUUAAAGUGGCCUGCCCAGUGAGACGCUCUGCGUUUGCAGUUAGUUGACUCCCACGUUUGAAUUUGGUUGCCUGCUACUAUUCUUGGGUCCACUCUGUUACGGUUAUUCUUUGGAUAAUGCAACCUUAUCUGGUGUCAAGGUGCUCAUUUGUCAAACAGACAACUGAAUAUGAUGUGUUUGCCAAGCUGCUUGCACCUAGUUCUAGCUUAAAAAAUAACUUAAGUCGCGAGACGCAGAAUGAGACGGCUUGAAGAUAUGCCAUUCUCCCAAUUUCCUGAAAUUCUUUCAAAUUUCCCAGGUGGGCACCAUUUCUCCCGUUGUGAAGUAAAAUCUCGUUUUUCCCGUGUAUCUAUUUAGUCCGUAAAGUAACUCUUUGCCUUCCUUCUGUGGAUCCUCAGUUGUAUUGAGUUUCUCGUCCGUUACUUUGAUCUUUUUUGGACACAGGCAGAAUAUGUUGGUUGUUCCAUCUGUUCCAUGUGCACAAUAUGUGGACGGUAUCUGCGGUGCACCGAGCAGCUUUGUCUUUGCAUGGCCAUGUGCUAAUUAAGCAUAUGUAGAACAUGUAACUCGGAGUAGUCUUGAAAUGAAAAAUUUUUAAACCUGGUCAUCACCAGCAUGAACCCAAUGUAAUUCCGUCUUUACCACUGUGCAGGCUAGUGAUGAAUUUGGACUGGAAGCAUUUGAGUCCGUUUUGUUAGAACUUCUAAUGAGAAUUACAGGGAAUUAGAAUUUUAUUGCCGAGGUUAAUAUGGUCUAGAUCACAGUGCCAAACUGUAACGAACUUCGGGUGGAAGCUUGCGGGUCUGUUUGUCAAAUUUUUGUACUUGUUAUCCAGGAAUUAAGAACCUUGUGGCUG